AUGUAGCGCGCAGUGUCUAUAGCCUAUGAGCAGCCUUGCCGUGCGUGUCAACACAGCUGAGCGAUGACUCAAGUAGUCUAACAUUGGCUCUGAAAAAGAUCCACCAGUUGCUCUCCUGGUCAUUCAUUUAGAAGGGAAUAUUCGAACCCAACACUGUUGAAUUCCGAGACCGUCGUAAAUCAAGAAAAAAAAGUGCAGUUCUUUUUUUAAUUCUUUUUUUGUCGAAUUAUUUUAUCUCGGAUAUUCCCAAAUAGGCUACCGCAAGCAGGAAGGGCGUGUUAAUGUCUGCACAGAGGCUGUUGCUGUGGAAGUAUGUUCACUUGGCUGUGGGCUGCAGAGUCUUGAUCCUGGCCGUCUUGUCAGAUCUCACUGCAGGCAAGCAGUGGAACAACUGCAGCCACCCCAUGGUCCCGGAGCACGGCGGCUUCCGCUGUGACCCCUCCCCCUGCCGCGGCUUCCCGCAGAAGAGCACCAUCCACUACUUCUGUGAGCCGGGCUUCUCGCUCCCGGGCCGGGUCCACAGUUCCCGCUGCAGACAUGGGAGAUGGUACCCCAGCGUGCCCACCUGCCUCCCAAAUCCAGAAGGACACCCUAAUAUGGAGGACAGAGCAGCCAAUUCUCUUCCAAGUGUUGCUACGACAGCUGUCGGUGUCUCCAUCUUCCUACUAACCACCACUGCCUGCAUGGUGAUCAAGUCCCGCCUUUACCCUUGUCACUCACACAACAGGCGAUCCUCUGACCAGAUGGACCUGAUGGUGGACGGCUUGCCCGUCUCACUCCCCACCUAUGAGGAGGCGGUGUAUGGGAGCUGGGGGCAGCGUCUCCCGCCUUGCCGAGGGCCAACCCAGCUCUUAUUGGCCCAGGAAGUGCCUGGGACCCACCCACUCUCCCCCCACAUCCAAUCGGAGUCGGGCAGCUCCUGCCAGUCACCCAGUCCGAACGCAGAGCUGUCCCCUCCUCCUUAUGAAGAGGUCCCCUCGCAUCUCAGAGGCGCCCACAGGGAGGACAGUGGACAGGCGCGACAAAUUGGACUUUCUGUUCAAAAGGACAAUUAGAUUUUGCAUUUACCACCUGUAGAGGGAUUAUCAAACAAUGAUCUGCUGUCUGUAAAUCCUGUGUCCAGGGAUUCGGUGUCAUGACUGCUGUGACAGUGAUGUGAAUUGUAAAGACUGGGAGCAGGGGUAUCAUAAUCUACCAGGCCUCAGUAUCUGGAAUUUUCCAUUUUAAUGGUUGCUCUGGGAGUUUCCUGAGUGGGAAAAUAGUGCCCUACAAUCUGCCUUCCCAUAGCAAAGCUCAUGGUGUAUAAGGGCACUGUCUGCUGAUCAAUGAGUAGAUCAUUUAAAAUUGACAUGUCUUGAUGCUGUUUUACGUUUCCAGCGACCGGCUGGGAACAUGAACUUUGUUAUCCUGUCAGGGAUGGGACCAUGACCUGGUCAGUGUGGUUGCUUUGUGAAGUGUGUGGGUGGAGUCGUCCUGUGUUAUAUUUAGUGACUCAUGUUCAUGUAUCAAUUGUGCAGAGAUCUGAGAUUUGUAAAACUGAGCAUAAUUGAAGAGCCCGCCAUACCUUCAGCAAGAGUGACACCGGCACACACACGACUAAUCUGAAUGCCUAGUGGUAGGCAAGAUGGUGUCAUAGGAAGUGUGCAGAAUGUAAGGGUGUUGUCAUGGAGAUGCAACUGAGGGCAAACCUCUAUUCUCCUUGACUCUGCCCGGAUUUGUGGAGUGGCAAUUGACCCACGUCCAGAAUAGGUGUACUCUCUGUUGACCAAAUGCCUGACUGGGAUGUCACCAAAUUCUGGAAUUUUGGAUGACUGGGCAACUGACCACACCAGACAAGUGGCAUUGAAUGUGCUUUCUUUUUUACUGGAAAAAAAUUAAUAUAUUUGUAAUGUAAUAUUUACAUCAACUUUGUAUACAACAUUGCACAGAAAUAUACUACAUGUUUCUGAUUGUAACAGGUCCUCUGGUUUGCUAUUAAUUUUCUUGCUCCCUCCACCACAAGUUAAUGCUUAUUCGCUGACCAGGCGAAUGUGAAGAAUUAAUAGAGCAUAGUUCACACAUUGACAAGUGGCUGGAAGAAACACCAGCUGUUCUGGUUAAACAACA